AAUUAAUAGUUUAAAGUGUAGACUACAAUACACCUAACAGAUCCCAUCAUUCAUUGAAUCCACCAUGGAUUCCGGCCGAUUCACCAUCGCAUUCCUCCUCUUCCUCCUCUCACUCACCAACCCCAUCCUAUCGGAACGGUUAAUCCGGUUACCACAACGACCACCAGUCUAUUCCGACAUCCUCCGUUACCGUAACACCGAUGAAUCGUUCUGUGAAAGCUGGAAAUACUCCAUCGAAGCUAACGAUGCUGGAGUCUGGUAUGUUGUUCCCGAAAAGUGCGUUGACUUCGUUGAAAACUACAUGAAUGGAGACCGGUACCGGUCGGACUCAGAGGUUAUAGCUGAGUACGCAUUGGAGUAUGCGAAAACGGUUAAUGUAUCUGGUGAUGGUAAAGAUGCUUGGGUUUUUGAUAUUGAUGAGACUUUGUUAUCCAAUCUGCCGUAUUAUGUGAAUCAUGGCUACGGAUCAGAGGUCUUUGACGAGAAGUCGUUUGAUGAGUGGGUAGACUCAGCAGAGGCUCCUGCUUUACCAGCAAGUUUCAGAUUAUACACAGAGCUUCAACAGCUCGGGUUCAAGAUUUUCUUAUUAACGGGCCGAAGCGAAUUUCAAAGAGAAUGCACUGACAAAAAUCUCCAAUUUGCUGGAUACACCAACUAUGAAAAGCUUUUCCUAAGGGGAGAUUCAGAUUUAGGUAAACUGGCUACUUUGUACAAAUCUGAAAAGAGGCAAGAGUUAAAAGACGAAGGUUAUCGAGUACGUGGAAGCUCGGGAGACCAGUGGAGCGAUUUGUUUGGUUUUGCAACAGCCGACAGAUCUUUCAAACUUCCAAAUCCAUUGUAUUACAUCCCCUGAUUCACUAAAAAACCAACCGAAUUUCGUAAUUGAUUUCUUUUUCAACCCACGUUUGCCUGCUGUAUAAGUGGGUAUUUGAUUGUAUUUCUUCGGUUGUUUUGACUUAUUUACUUAUUUAACGCGUGGAUUCCCGUUGUGACGGGUUAAAGGAGAAAAACAUAAAAUGUCCAUCUUCUUCAAGUUUU